AUGCCUCCGGCCCGAGGUCUUCGUACACGAGGUACAAUGAACGAAAAUGACGAGAACGGGCCGUCGACGCGUCUGACACGAGCAAAGGCCGCUGCUCUGUCAGCAGGAGAUGUUCCAACAACCACCGCGGCUGCUAAAAAACCUCUUCAGACCAAGAAGGCCGCCACCAGCUCGACGACAACGGGAACAACAAGAAGACGCGCUGCCCUUGGAGAUGUCAGCAAUGUUACAAAAACGGAAAAUGGCGAAGCCAAGGAAACGAAGAAAUCCGCGUCUGGCAAGGUCGGCUUGACCUCGAAAGCUACCAUGCAGACUGGUGGUGUUCAGAAGCUGAGCAGGACCAACUCAUCACGUACGGCCUUGGGCGCCAAAGAUAGCAACACGAAGAAGCCUGCGGUUGAAGGAAAGCGUCCUGGAAGUGGUUCUGGUAUCGGCAGCGCACAAAUGAAACGGACGUCCAGCCAGAAAUCGGUACAGGAGAAAACCCUGCAGGCCGAGGAACCGCCGCGCAAGAAGGUCGAAAUCGAGAAGAAGGUCACCGAGAAGAAGACAGCCGUGGAGAAGGUUUCCACAGUGAAAGAAGAUGCUGUGAUUGCCGCUGAGCCUGAAGUCGCCAAGAAGCCUGAGGACGUAGUCGACGACUUGGAUACCGAAGAUUUGGACGAUCCUCUGAUGGCCGCUGAAUAUGUGGUGGAGAUCUUUGACUACCUGAGAGACCUGGAGUUGGAGACAUUACCCAACCCUCAGUACAUUGAGCACCAACCAGACCUUGAGUGGAAGAUGCGUGGCAUUCUUGUCGACUGGCUGAUUGAAGUUCACACACGCUUCCGUCUCCUCCCCGAGACGCUUUUCCUCGCUGUGAACAUCAUCGACCGUUUCCUUUCUGCUGAAGUCGUCGCACUUGAUCGCCUUCAAUUGGUCGGAGUUGCCGCCAUGUUCAUUGCUUCCAAGUAUGAGGAAGUUCUUUCACCCCAUGUGGCCAACUUCAGUCACGUCGCAGACGAGACAUUCACAGACAAGGAGAUUCUCGAUGCCGAACGCCACAUCCUAGCCACCCUCGAGUACAACAUGAGCUAUCCCAACCCCAUGAACUUCCUCCGUCGUAUUUCGAAGGCAGACAAUUAUGACAUCCAGACUCGUACCCUCGGCAAGUACCUCAUGGAAAUUAGCCUUUUGGACCAUCGCUUCAUGUGCUAUCCUCAAAGUCACGUCGCCGCAGCCGCGAUGUAUCUCGCUCGGUUGAUCCUGGAACGUGGGGCUUGGGACGCCACCCUAGCGCACUAUGCUGGCUAUACCGAGGAAGAGAUCGACCCUGUUUUCCGAUUGAUGAUCGACUACCUUCACCGUCCUGUAUGUCACGAAGCCUUCUUCAAGAAAUAUGCAAGCAAAAAGUUCCUCAAGGCCUCCAUCCUUACCCGGCAGUGGGCCAAGAAAUACCAUCACAUGUACAUUGAUAGCGCUCUCACGGAACCGUACAACUUCAUUAAAGAAAGUGAAUAG